AUGGAGCCCUCUCCCGCUCCUGUGGAGGCUGCCGCGGCGCACGCCUCGUCGCACGACACCGAGGCGCGCGGCAUGCCGCCGGCUGCGCGGUACCGGGCCGCGCAAGCGGCGACGGAGCCCACCGCCUCGCACUCGUCCCACGUCGGCGUCAGCGGCCGGACUCGCGCGGCUGUAAACGAAGACUUGGAUGUUUUGGCCGUGGGCGAUCGCGUCGUGGUAAAUGGCGUGCCUGGCGUCGUCACGAGGAAGGUGCCUGGCGGCAACGGCUGGUGGAAGGUGCGGCUCCACGGACGACACGCUCGCGAGGACCGGAGUUAUCGCAGAACCCAGAUCACGAAACUCCACGUGCCGCCCGCAGCGCCCGCGCCCGCGCCUGCCCCACCCCCAGCCGCUGUCGGCGCUAACGUCGAGGCUACGCCGCCGGCGCAGCUGUGGGUCGACACGACGCCGGCGGGCCGCGCCCCGGCGCUGAAGGUCUGCGCCGUCCAGCUCCGUGCGACGCCCGGCGACGUGGAGGGCAACUUACGACGCGCCGAGCAGCUCAUACGAGCAAAUCCCGGCCACCACCUCUAUGUCUUGCCCGAGCUCUCCAGCUGCGGGUACAGCGACGAGGUCCUCGCAGACUGCGCCGCGUUCGCGCACGGUAGCUUCGACGGCGUGUUCAAAUUCUUCAUCGACCUGGCGCGGGAAGUCGACGCGCACAUCUGCUUCGGGUUCCUUUGCCGCACGUCGAGACCCCUUUCGGCGGUGCCUGCCGUCGGCAGCCGGGUCUUGGCCGCCAACCACCCGGGCCAUGUGACGCGCGUCAACGCCUUCGCCGCGGCCGCCGACGUGCUAUUCGACGCCGGAACCGAACGAACGUACCUCCUGAGCGACCUCCGGACGCCGGUCUUCACCAUCGCCCAGGCCGUCGUCGGGCCCACCGGCAUCGAGCUCGUCUACGACAAGAUGCAUCUUUGUGAUAUGGGCGCGUGUUCCGAGGUCGCGCACGGCCUUACACGCGGGGAGCGGCCGGGCGUGUUCACGUGCCGCGGCUGGCGCGUCGGCGUGUGCAUCUGUUACGACCUGCGCUUCCCCGCGCUCUGGCGGCGCCUGGCCUGGGAGGAGGACUGCGACCUGAUCGUGCAUCCGUCGGCGUUCGUCCGCGACGCGACCUUCCCGAUGUAUCAUACGUUCGUCACGACGCGGGCCGUGGAGAACGGCAUCUACGUCUUGUCGGUGAACUUCGCCGGCGCGGACUUUGGCGAGUCGAUAGCCGCGCCGCCGUGGGUGGGACCCGUGCCGGGCCUCGCCGACCAGCGCGCGCGCGUCCUCGGCUGCGACGAGGGCGUCCUGGCGCUCAGUUGCGAAACGGCCGUGCUCGACGCCGUGCGCGCGGCGUACCCGUACCGGCGCAACGCGCACCCGUCCCUGCGCGCGGCGCCGCCGGCGGUCUCUGUGACGCCGGCCGCGGUCUCACCGCGCGCGGCCACGCCGUUCGCGCCGGCGGAGCAGGAGCCCGCGAGCCAUCGCCGGCGGUGGACUGAUUCUGAAAUAGCGCUCUGUAUGUCUGCCGUCCAGACCUAUGGGGAGCGGCGGCACAAGGCCAUCGCGUCUGCAGUGGGCACGCGGACGGCUGCACAGGUCCGAACGUUCCUCACGAAGCGGAAGGCGAAAGGAGGUCUUCCCGCCGCGCCGGCGCCGCCGGCGCCCGCCCCCUGGGUGCCGCCACCGCCGCCGCCCCGCGACGCGCGCGACGCGCUCUCCGCGGAGGUGCUCGCGCCGCCGAGCCGCAGCGACGGGUACGGCGCCGCGGAGGCGGAGACCCUCUCGGCCCUCGUCGGCCUCACGCAGCAGGCCACCGCGGCGUCCGCCGAGGCGUGGGCCGCGCCUUCGGCCCUCGUGGGCCUCCAGGAGGCCUGCCAGCAGGCCACCACGGCGUCCGCCGAGGCGUGGGCCGCGCCUUCGGCCCUCGUGGGCCUCCAGGAGGCCUGCCAGCAGGCCACCACGGCGUCCGCCGAGGCGUGGGCCGCGCCGCCGCUCGAUAUGGAUAUGUGA